CUAUCGCUCGCGCUCGCUGCGUAAUGCGUAGGCGUCGACUGUGACUUCUCACUUCUCAGUAACUAUUUCUCUUUCCUUUUUCAACAAGCCUAGCAAAAUCGCACUCUCAGAAAAAAAUACCUCACCUGUUUAAAUCUCUUUCUCCCUCUUUCUAAAACCUCGAAUCUCUACUCCCCUGAUUCUGACUUCUUCAGCAAAGUACCAAAUUAAAAGUCCCACAAAAUCUAGGGUUAGGGUUUUGCGACUGGAAAUCUGAAUACUUUCCACAUCAUCUUCGAUUCUCGGGAAAAUGUAUGCUGAUCGUUUAGAGGGAGAAUCCAAGCCGUCAAUUAGAGACAGGCUUAACGGCAAUAACGGCGUUGCUACUUCCGUUCGCCGGAGAACCGUUACCGGAAAAAGGCAGAGGCAAGAUGACAAAUGGGAACAUGAUCUUUACGAAGAUGAGCAGCCUCAUAUAUCGCGAAAACUUGGUGGAGGUGAUCUACGUUUGAAGCUUCAAAGGAGGAGCUCUCAGCAUGAUACCCAAGGUGGAGGUGUUAGAGAUCUACGUGAAAAAUUGUCUGGCUCAAUGCAUUCACAACCAAUAAAUAAAGAUCCCCUGAAGCCCAAACCUGAACCAGAGGCUGCUAAACCUGCUAGAAGAAGUGUCAUUGUUGCCACACCUGUUGCAGAGUCCAAGAAAGUUCCCAACUCAACUUCAAGGAAAAAGCCUCAGCAGAAGGCUGAUUCAUCAGUUGAUGGGUUUCUUCAGUCCUUGGGUCUUGAGAAGUAUCUUAUUUCAUUUCAGGCAGAGGAAGUCGAUAUGACAGCUCUUGAACACAUGACUGAUGAGGACCUUAAAGCAAUGGGAGUACCAAUGGGUCCGAGAAAGAAGAUAUUGUUGGCAUUGAGUACAAGGGGUUGAGAUGGGGAGUGAAGCUAAUUGUUUUGACAAAGCUGUUCUCUGCAGUCAACUGUUGGUGGCGCUGUGUUUUACUUGGUAUAUAUAUUCCUGCUGGCUAAAUGUUGUCAUUUUUUAAUUUGACAAAUUGGUUUGUACGGAGGAAGCCCAGGGAGCUUCUUUUGACGUAGGUCAUAUUGUAGGAAGGGUAGGUUGAAACUAUAUCAGCAAUUUUUCUUAAAAUGUUACUUUAAUAUUUUAAAAUAUUUAGUUGGAUUUUUUUAAUAUUAUCUUUAGUGCUUCUCAAAUUGUUAUUACUCUUUUACUCUGACCAAUCAUUUUCAUUUGAUGAA